GGGCUGCAGGAAGGGUGCAGAGCCCUUGCCUGGGGACGUGACCUGCAGGGCUGUCCUGGGAACGGGGGCUGCACACAUGACCGGGUAGCAGGAAGCAGCCACUCAGCCGGGAGAGGCUUUCUGGGCUAGACAGAGGCUGAGGGUGGGGAAUUUCCUCCCCCAUCUUGCCGGCCCAGCACUGGGACCCUGUUUUUGAAACCAAGUGACUCUGGCCACCAGGCUUCCUCAGGCCACACCAUGGGCCUGUCACAGGCUUGUGGGGGCAGGGACUGGUUUAUCUCACUGGGGCCUGUCCAAUCCUCCACUGGCACUCAGGAAGCUGGGGGUGGGGGGUCCAGCCAGGCAGGAAGCCCUAGGUCAGCCGGCCCCAGCCCAGAGCAGCCUUGGCAGCAUGUGGGCCUUGGUGCUGCUCUGGCCUCUGGUUAUGGGGUUCAACCUGGAAGACGACAGCCAGAGCCCCCUCACCUACGACGAGAUGGGGAGCACAGGGGGAGAUGGCACAGUGGGGCCCCUGAGCGGGCCCCAGGAGGGGACCCCUCACUCGCCCCACCUGCGCAGCUUCCCCGGCCAGCCCUGGGCUAACAACAGCGAGAUCUUGGAGAUCCCAGAAAGCUCCCGCGCCCUGCUGCUGGGCUGGGUGGCCACGAGGCUGGUGCCCGCCGUGUACGGGCUGGCGCUGCUGGUGGGGCUGCCGGCCAACGGCCUGGCGCUCUGGGUGCUGGCCACGCGGGUGCCGCGGCUGCCCUCCACCACGCUGCUCAUGAACCUGGCGGCCGCCGACCUGCUGCUGGCCUUGACGCUGCCGCUGCGCAUCGCCUACCACCUGCAGGACCGCCACUGGCCCUUCGGCGAGGCGGCCUGCCGCGCCACCACGGCGGCGCUCUACGGGCACAUGUACGGCUCGGUGCUGCUGCUGGCGGCCAUCAGCCUGGACCGCUACCUCGGCGUGGUGCACCCGCUGCGAGCCCUCACGCUGCGCGGCUGGCGCCUGGCCGCCGGGCUCUGCGCGCUGGCCUGGCUGGCGGCCGCCGCCCUGGCGCUGCCCCUGGCGCUGCAGCAGCAGACCUUCCGGCUGGCGCGGCCGCCCCGCGUGCUGUGCCACGACGCGCUGCCCGCGGGCGCCCAGGCCUCCUACUGGCGACCCGCCUUCCUGUGCCUGGCCGUGCUCGGCUGCUUCGUGCCGCUGCUCGUCGUGCUGCUGAGCUACGCGGCCGCGCUGUGCGCGCUGGCGGCCGGCGGCCCGCGCUACGGCCACGCGCUGGGGCUCACGGCGCUGGUGCUCGCCUCGGCCCUGGCCUUCUUCGUCCCCAGCAACACGCUGCUGCUGCUGCACUACUCGGACCCGGGCCCGGACGCCUGGGGGGACCUGUACGCGGCCUACGUGCCCAGCCUGGCGCUCAGCACCCUCAACAGCUGCGUGGAUCCCUUCAUCUACUACUACGUGUCCGCGGAGUUCAGGGACAAGGUGCGGGAGAGGCUGCUCUGCUGGGCCCCGGGCGCCUCGGCGGCCUCCAGGGACGGGGCCACCCAGGGCACCGGCACCCGCUCCACCUCGCUGGUGUGACGGGCCCCGGGAGGCGGGGCAGACGGAGAGGGGGUUGCACGGGCCGAGCGGGGUCCCCUCCCAGUUCCUGUCUACAGGGACGCCCUGAAGGUGAGCUGCUGUGAAAUAGGGGCUUUGCAGGUACUGUUGAAAUUGGGUCACACCGGAGGAGGGGAGAGCCUAAAUCCGCUGUGACCAGUGUCCUUAUAAGGAGAGGACGCACAUACACACCGGGAAGGAGGCCAUCUGACCACGAAGGCGGACAUUGGGGUGACGCAGCCACAGCCAGAGAACACGACGCCGGCCAGAGGCCGCCAGAAACCGACCGCCCAAGCCUCGCUCCCUCAGAGCCCCCGGAAGAUGCCAACCCCGCCCACGCCUUGAUCUCAAGCUUCCGGCCUCCAGAACUGUCAGAGAAAUAAAUUUCUGUUGUCUUAAGUCA